AUGAGAGAGCCCAGCGCCGAGACAAGGGCGCUGAGCAGACCGACGUCCCACCGUAGAGCCGAUGGCAGGGCAGCUCUUGGCAACCCGGUGGCCGGGCCUCUUGGGCCGGAGGCUGGAAAGAGAAGUAGAACAUCCAGGUUGUGGAAGCAGUACGCGACCAGAUGGAGGCGCAACUCUUGGCUUUCGGAGGCCCAGUGCACCGACCGACUACCGGAAGAGUUGCCCUGGGACCUACGAGCCAAACUGCAGUACAUUCCUGAGCAGGACCUCUCGUUGGGUCGGAUCGUGCAUUACCUUGGACAGGAAGCUGGAAGGAGAGAGGACGACGAAGUCUUCAGGGUGGGCAACGAGGCCACCAGAGACAUCGAACGGAAGAAGGACGAGGACCUGCUAGCAUGUGUGACACGCCGGCGCAGGCAGUUCGAGCGCGCCAGAGAGAUCGGCGUGGAUAUCCCGCCCAAGGUGCAGGGCAUGUUACUCCUCCAGGGUGCUCGGGUGUCUGCCCAAGGUAAGCAGAAUGUUCGGAGUCUCACCAGGGGCUCUCUGCUGGGGCCCGACAUCAUGUGGGCUCUUCCUCAACUGGACACGGGCGGCCUUGCCCGGGGAGACGAUCCCAAGUCUCGCAGCAGCCUUCUCGAGCCCAGCAGCGCCAAGUCUAGCAGCGAGAUCGGUGACGGCGAGAUCGAGCCUCCAGAGCUCGGCAUCCUGGUGGAGCUCAGCGGACGGGACCUCAGCGAGGAUGCGGUCAGCGGGGCGCUGGCUCAGAUGGGAAAGGGCCGCCAGAUGACCUGGGAGGAUAACAAAGACCUGAAGAAUGCUGCCCAAAAAGAUCGCGGCUACUGGAAGCGCAGGCGCCGACUCGCGCCGGCGCAGCUCGAGCUAGUCACGAAUGCGCGCGUGCCUCGCGCGGUCGCGGGGCGCUGGGCGGCCCUCGCGGUCUCGGUGGGUGCCUACUUCGACGGGGCCAGGGCCGAGAUCUCGAGGCUCGCUGAGGACGCGCGGCUCUUCGACACCAAGAACCACAAGAAGCGACUGCUCGAGGACUCGAAGCCGCUGCUGGAGACUCAAACCAGAGCUUGGGCGAGAUGCACCCAUCUACCAUGGAGAACCUCGAGCUCAGGGAACCAGUGCGCUCCGCGGGACUUCCGAUCGAGCUGCCAGAUACGAGUCGCCGACCGCCCCAAGAUCAACGCGGACAACGGCAGCCGCGGGAUGACGAUCCAGGAGUUCGCGCUACUUCAUGGACAGUUGGCAGGUCCCGUGCGACACGCGGCCCCUCGGAGCGCUGUGCCAGCCGCGAGGCCCGCAGCUCGCUCUGCGGCGUCAGGGGAUCAGUGGAGCAGCCUGUCGAGCCACUCUCUUCCUCCGGGCUGGGCGGUGGCGAUGAUGCAGGAGGCUGUGCAGCCCAUGUCGGCGAGCGUGUCUGCAAACGUGACGAGCGCCAUCCAGGCUACUCCACAGGCUCAGUCGCAGAACAUGGCCACCUCGAUGGCCCCCCUGGUGUCCGAGAUGCGGUCGGUGAACGAUCGUCUGAACGCCUUUCCAGCAGUCAGCAGCCGGCAGAUGUGCCGAUGCUUCCCGCGCCAGAUGCGCCUGCGA